AUGCGGUUCCGAGCUCAAGUUUCCAACUUAUCAGCCUUCACUAAAUUCGUUGAAUCAGUUGCCAAACUUUCCAAAAGAGCUGUCUUCAAAUUCACACCUACGGAACUGAAAGUUAUAUCGACAGGUGAUUUAGAUGACGGAGUUAGGUUCUUUGGGACAGUACAUGCGGAGGAAAUCGAGUUGAACCAGUUUGGGAAGGGGAUUCGCAAUACUGAAAAUCAAAUCUUACUCGAACUCACCACUCAAGCCCUCAACAGCGUCUUGAAAGCUUCAUCGGGAUCACGAUCAGAGAUCGUCAUUCGACUUGGCAAGAAUGGUAAGACGCCCGUCUUGAGUUUUGUCACUAGCGCAAUUAGCUUGAAUAGGACUGAAUACGAACUUGAACAACAUAUCGCCGUCCGCGUUGUGAAACCAAACGAUACUGAAAUUUUAAGAGAGCCUCAAACGCCAGUCCCAGAUAUACAAAUCACGUUACCGAAACUGGCAGAUGUUUGUAAAGUUGCAGAAAGAUUGAAGAGUCUCGCUCCUUGUAUUCAAGUUUCUGCGAACCGAGAUGGCUGUUUAAAGUUAGGGAUCAAGAGUGAACAUGUAGAUGUAGAAACCGAAUGGCAUGGUUUAAUUCUUGGUCCAGAUCGACCCGAACAAAGAGCUUUAUCAUCUCCAAAUCCGAAUACCCAAUUCAAUCAAUGUGCAUAA